CAUUCACCAACUUUAAACAUUUCCAGGUUUCAGUCUUCCAUUCGUUAAACUUUUUUCUUUGGCAAUGGCUAGCACCAUUUUGAGAUUAGAUGACAAGAGAAGCAGAGCAUUUCAUGCAUUGGGAUUCCUCAGUCUCAUGCUUUUGAUGCAAAACUGUGCUGCAAGACAGUUCCAAGUUAGCUGGAGUGUUCCCUCUAAUAACUCUACUCUCAAUCAAUGGGCUGAAAAAAACCGAUUUCAAACCGGGGACUCGCUUGUGUUCAAAUAUUCAUCUGGCCAAGAUUCAGUGCUUGAAGUGACAAAGGAUGCCUAUGACAACUGCAGCACAGAGGUUCCUUUGGCAAAAUUCACAGAUGGCCACACUGUCUUCACUUUCAAUCACUCUGGGCCUUUCUACUUCAUCAGUGGCAGCAAAGACAACUGUCUCAAGUCUGAGAAACUGAUUGUGGUGGUCUUGGCUGACAGAAGCAACAGCAGUUCCAAGACAAAUGACACAACCCCACCAAGCCCAUCCCCGUCAAACUCGACCGACAUGAUCACACCGGCUCCAGCCCCGGCUGACGAGAAUUCUCCACCUGCAGGGCCUGUGGACAUCAACCCAACUCCAGCUCCUGAGGCUCCACCAAGUACAGCUUCUUCAACCUUCAUUAGUCUCAUAAACUCUAUUGGGGCUUUGGCGGCUGCUUCAUCACUUCUUCUGGCAUUCUAAGUUGACAAAUUAUAGCUUGCAUAAAAGCAUCGUUUGUUUGGGGUUUCGUAGUGAUUGUUUUCAAUUUUUUUGGCCGCUUGAUUUCUCCGUGAUUUUUCGAAUAAGUGGGAAGUUUGAAUACUCUUUGGUGUGCUUGUUAAUCAAUUUAAGUUUAAGAUGAAAGUACAGUGUAUAUGUAACUAAAUAAAUGGAUUCUAUUCUAUGUGA